GUGUGUAUAUUGUCUUCUUAAACCCAUGUUUAAGAAGCAGAGUUACAUCCUCUGAAGUAAGGCUUUUAGUCUGUAAUUUCUAAUUGUAUUUUCAGACAGUAGUUGAUAACACAUGACUUACAAUACUGUUUUUUGCAGUGCCAUUUUUUUUACUCAUUAAUGGCAUCUUGCUAUAAGGCUUUGCCUUAUGAAUGUUUUUGAGCUGUCAUGUGUUUUUAUCACAAAGUCUGGCAUAGAAAUCAGCCUUACAAUACCCGUGUAUCUGCAAUAAACGGCUUCGACCAGCCUUUGAAUUCAGGGUUUGAUUCCUACUCCUUUCUGUUUUUUUCAGCAUACAGUUUAGAUUGAGACAGCUAGCUAGCUAGCUAGCUAGAUGUUUAGCUUAUGUCACGGAGACGCACACACAGUGGACGAGGUGAGUAAGUGACUGAGGCUGUGAGUCAAAUGUAGUAAUUUAUUUUAGUGUGACAGAGAAGAAACUUUUACAUUUACAACAAGCUCUGUAAGCCAGGGCGGGAUCAGCGGCGGCUUUGCGCAUGCGCGAUUCAUUUGCAGCCUGGACGCGGAGCGGUGUGGAUCUCCUCUCUGCUCUGACUGCAGCUGGGACUGGUGCGAGAGGCUACGAGCUUGGAGAGAUCAGGAACGUGACAACCUCUAAGCCCUCUCUGGAGCUGGAUGGACUGGAGAAGUACACCAACUACAGCAUCCAAGUGUUGGCCUUCACCAGAGCUGGAGAUGGUGUUCGCAGUGAACAGAUUUACACACGUACCAAGGAAGAUGUUCCUGGCCCUCCAGCAGGUGUGAAGGCAGCUGCUGCAUCCAACUCAGUGGUGUUUGGGUCCUGGCUUCCUCCUCUCAAAGUGAAUGGCAUCAUUCCACCACCCCCUGGAUGAGGGACAUUGUGCUGCCUUGUGGCAGUGGGAGAUCCAUCCCCAACCAUCAAGUGGCUGAAGGAGAUGUGAGUACCCAUCAGCCUUAAAGCUUGCAAACACACAAU